UCGUGUCACCAUCGGCAGGUCAUCGGUUGGACGCGCACCGAGACGUCCUGUCAAUUUUGUGUAAUCAGAAAACAGCUGAUCAAAGUUGUUUUUAACGUGAAUAAUAAUGAAUUCCCGAGUUUCACGUGGGAUUUUAGAAAUUGAAUGACGGAUUCUCAGUGGUGCGGCACAUACAUUUUUUGCUCGUCUUCUCAUACGUCUUUAAAGAAUUCCACGCAGAUACAAAUCGAUGUUUGCACCGCAAAGAGCGUCGCAAGGAGGGGUCACGUUAAACGUACACACUGAUUAAGUUACAAAUCGCAGGAAUUUUCACAAACAUAAAAUGUUGACAUUAGAGGAUCCAGAAUGCAAAGAUUUUUCAAAAACCGCGAUGGAGGAUGAAGAGACCAGCGAGAGGAGAAUCAAUGGAGACCUAAUGUCGAAUGGGGAAAUAUUGAGAACAGCGCUGCUUUCUGCAGAAGACGAUGAUGAUGAUGGUGAGGAUGAUAAUGAUGAUGAUGAUGAUGAUAAUGAAGAUGAUGAUCACAUUGAAUCUCAGGAAGAUGAUUUAUCUUCUGAACUUCUGUCUAUGGAGAAUGAUUCUGAAGCCACUAGCGAAUCCACCAUCAGUGAUUGGGACGACUUAAGAGCAGACUCACCUCUGUCGUACGUCACUUCUGUACCUAAUAACAAAGAGUUCAUAAUAAUGCUGGAAGCAAACAAUGCACUAAUGACAAAGAAGUUAAAUAACGAUCGUUCUUUGGUUAGUAACAUGUCUAAAUCUCGGCAUCGUUCUAAGCGCCAUAAUAAAGUAUUACUAUUGAGACAGCUAAUACCCAAACACGAGCCAAUAGUUGAAAUAAAAGAGGAAGAGCAUUCGAUCAUUUCUACUGAUGCAGAUGAACGUGUGCCAACCAUGGAAGAAAUAGAUUACGAAGAAUCUUCUAUGGAUCAGCAGAACAUCGUGGACUCCAAAGAUAACACCUGGUUACAAACCUUCAGACCUUUGCCAUUGCAUUACACAGAAAGAGAGAAACCUUACUUGAAAUGUCCGGCAUGUGGCGCAAUGUUUUUUACCUCCAACUCGUUCCAAAAACACUUGUACUCUCAUAUGUACAAGGAAGACGAUACUUUUGUAUGUUCUUUUUGCAACUACACGAAUACCGAGCCUGGCAUGUUGUUCACACAUUUGUCCAAGCAUCAGGACCAAUGUGAGUUUUGCAACGAGAAUCUAGUGCGUAAAAGUAAUUUCGAGAAACACUGGGACAUCAGAGCGUCGAACUUUACGAUAAAACGAGAUCGCCGGGGGAGAUUCGUAUGCACUUUCUGCAAAUUGGUAUUCGACUUGUUACCGCAGUUAGAAAAGCAUUGGUUCAAGCAUGCAUGCAAAAGGGAAAGAACUUAUCAAUGUAAGGAAUGCAGUGGUCUGUACGAAAGCAGAGAGACGCUAAAUAAUCAUAAAUGCAUGAAGUGUCCUGUUUGUGGCGAAGUCUACGACAGUUUACACCGGCUGAAAGCUCAUACAAUGUGGACGAAGCACAACUUAAAGUGUCCGAUAUGUUCUUACGAAUUUAUUCUCGCUAUGGACCAUGAGAAGCAUUUAGCGUUGCAUAGGCAAACGUAUAGUUCUAUAAAAGGUUACGAGUACUGCUUGCAGGCAGCUGAUGGAAAGACAUUCCAGUGCAAUCUUUGUGACAAAAUAUUUUACGCCUUACCGUCUUUAAUUGUUCAUCUCCGGGAAGAUCACGGCAUCGUGAACGUCAGAAAAGACGGUUGUAAAGGAGAACAAAAGGAAGAGUCUGUCAGUGAAAUAAUACUCCAUCAAUUAAGAAACGAAUCCGCGAAAUAUGCUAGUGGAAAUAAUUUACCGUUAGUAAAUAAUAAAAUCGAAUUACAAAACGCGCUAUAAGUAUAUAGUGAUAUAUAAGAUAAAUGCAAUUUUCAAAUGGCAGAGAUAAAGAUAAAACGUAAAAGAAAAUAAUCUGAGAACUAAAAGUUCUAAAAUUGCUAAAAAUUCGUUUCGUAACAAUUGAACCGUGCCGUUGCUAUAAAUCAGUCACUCUGUAGUAUAUAUUAAAUAUAAUUAAAUAUGACUGGCAACACAAAUAACUUAUAAAUUAUCGAGAAUUAUACAUUCGAUCUUAUCUGAUCAAAAAGUUCUGAGAAAUAAACCUCAAUCUCUCCCUCUUUCGAGAAUAAACAUAUAUCUGUAUAUUUUUUUAGUAAUCAUGUAAAAUACAGAAUCAUCACACUCGCCCCUACUCGAGGUAUAUACUCGUCGUAAAGUGAAUGAUAUUAUUUUAAAAAAUAUAAUAAUUAAGACGCUUGUAUAAUCCCUUUGAUGGUAUGUAGAACUUUUUGGAUCAGAUAGCAAAAGGAUAAUUUUCUAGUAUUUUAUUGAAAUAAUAUAGUCACGUCGUAAAUUUUCUAUGUUUUUGUAUUAGAAGAGAAAUGCGUUAAGUUAAGUUAUCGUGGCAUUUCGCAUUUGGCUGUAUCAUGUCUGCCCCGAUGUAUUGGAAAAAAAAGAAGCAACACACAGAGCUAUCAGUCCUGCUGUAGCACGAUUUCUAAUAAAUUAUUAUUCUACCUUAUUGUUAUCCUUUGUAAUACGCGAUUGAACUGGUUUACAUAUUAUUUUAUUUAAAUACAUCAAUAUAUUUUUUCCUCCCUUUUCGUUAAUAUAUAGUUACCACUCACAUAAGCGUACUGCCUUCAAUAUCGUAUUCUUAAGUGUAAUCCCAUAAAAUCUCAAAGGGGUAUGGGGUAAACAUGAUACAAUACAAUUUCUUAAAUGGCUGAAAAUUAUUUGGAACUCGCUGUUUGUCUUACUUUUAUGCGUAUUAUUAGAAUUCGAUACAAUUAUCGACGAAU